GAAGAGAGAGAGAGAGUGAAGAGAGAGAAAGGGCCACAGAAGAAUGAAAGUCGUGUGUGCCAAUGCCAUAUCAUCAUCAAUAGUAAGCCCAACACCACCAACAGCAACAGUCCCACCCACACAACUUCUUCAACCGCAUCAACCGUCGCUUCUCUUCACUUCUUCUUCUUCUUUUCUUCUUCUUCCUCUCAACUACUGAAAUUGCAGAACUCAAAUUCCUUUCACACUCUCAAUCUUACUUUCAACAGUCACUGUCGAAAUCUAAUUCGCAAGAAACGAACUAGAAGUUGAAGACGAAGAAUGGGAAAUUGCGGUACUAGAGAAGAAUCUGCAGUUGUCACCAAUGCACAAGUUCAACAGCUGAAUAUGAUAUCGUCAUUGCCUGUUAAGAACGGGGAGAAGAAGCAGAGCCACAAUCGGUCCAUAUCAGAUCUGAGCGAUCCCUCGACGCCGCGGAACUUCGAGGACUCGCGGAAGAAUGCCAUGCUCUACACCCAUGUCAUUGCCUUUACACUCUACGAGCUCGAGACCAUCACGAAGAGCUUUCGCUCCGAUUACAUUCUCGGCGAAGGAGGCUUUGGAACUGUGUAUAAAGGGUACAUUGAUGAGAAUGUCAGGGUCGGCCUUAAGUCUCUCCCCGUCGCCGUCAAAGUUCUCAACAAGGAGGGUCUUCAGGGUCAUCGAGAAUGGCUUACUGAGGUAAACUUUCUGGGGCAGCUUAGGCAUCCUAAUCUGGUAAAGUUGAUUGGAUAUUGUUGCGAGGAUGAGCACAGGUUACUUGUGUAUGAAUUCAUGUUCCGUGGAAGCCUUGAGAAUCACCUUUUUCGAAAGGCAUCUGUUCCAUUAUCUUGGGCAACAAGAAUGGCGAUUGCUCUGGGAGCUGCGAAAGGUCUCGCUUUUCUUCACAAUGCAGAAAGGCCUGUUAUCUAUCGGGACUUUAAGACGUCUAAUAUAUUAUUAGACUCUGAUUAUACAGCCAAGCUCUCUGAUUUUGGUCUUGCUAAAGCUGGACCACAGGGUGAUGAGACUCAUGUAUCAACUCGAGUAAUGGGUACCUAUGGUUAUGCAGCUCCAGAAUACGUAAUGACUGGUCACUUGACUUCCAGGAGCGAUGUUUACAGCUUUGGAGUAGUUCUUUUGGAGCUUUUAACAGGAAGGAGAUCGGUUGAUAAGACAAGACCAAGCAAAGAACAGAACUUGGUAGAUUGGGCCAGACCUAAACUAAAUGACAAGAGAAAGUUGCUUCAAAUAAUUGAUCCAAGGUUGGAGAAUCAGUACUCGGUAAGGGCAGCACAGAAGGCAUGCAGCUUGGCAUACUAUUGUUUGAGCCAAAACCCCAAAGCGAGGCCAUUAAUGAGUGAUGUAGUCGAAACGCUUGAACCUUUGCAAAGUGGAAAUGCCGCAACAGAAGUAUCAUCAUCGUUGUCACUUGGCAAUGCCGGCCCAUUUGCCAGGAGUGGAAUCUCUGAUUACCGGAUGCGACCAAGGUUCACCAAUAAUGUCGGUCCUGGCUCUAGUUGUCGAUCUCCUAAUCCGAAUUGUUCCCCUGGAGCUCCCGCAGCAUGCAGAGUUAGAUGAGAAGUGUCAAUCCAUAUGUAUACUUGCUUGGUGUGCUUUUUUCCCCCCACCCCUUUUUAUGAAAUGGAGAAAUUCGCUUGUUACAUGGAUGCACUCGCCUCUUUUGAUCUCAUGUACAUGAUUUCAUGGUGAUCCCAAACCUGUGUUGAUUGUUUUGUUUUUUCCUUGGUUCUUGUAUUUAUAUUCCGGUCUUGCUUAUGUAUCAAAAUGGGAAUUGCCGUAUGAAAAGCUUCCUUAGCCUUGUAGCAUGUAGUUAAGGAUAUGCUGUUGGAUGGAAAAAAAAAAAAAAAAACAAAAACACCUAGUUUUUAUGACCAU